AACCCUUAGCAACGAAUAACAACAAUGGGAGUGGCGGUGGCAGAUUCCGUGUCACUGUCCGCGUGGUCGUCUGUACCAUUUUACCGUCUGUAGUUUCUUUACGGACGUUUUCUUGUUGUUGUUGUUGUCUGUACAUGCUCCAAUGUGUCCGUGUUGUGUAAUAUUGACUUAGUGACAUCACGGAAGAAGGAACGUCGUCAAUAGCUAGGUACUGACAAGAGAUCACAGAGUAGUGCAUGCUAUAGGUGCUUCCUAUUCUUAUACGAGGUCUUUGUCGCUGAGUCCUUAUAAAUGUUGAAGACAAGUGUAAGGUGAUGGGCUCAGCACCGACCAAGCCAGUCGGCGCCCAUGACGAGAGGCCAGCCGUGGUUGGAGCGGCGCAAGCUUCGGUCAAGUGGCGGGGGAAGGCGGGGGUAGCUUCAGGUGGCCAAUCCAAGAUGGCGGCGUCCACGACAACAAAACAACAGGUCGCCGAGACAGACGACGAAAAGCAGGCCCGCCUCCUGAACCAGCAUCCCGAGAUGAAGCCUAUCCUCAGGAUCAUGGACAGGGGCGUGGCUCAGGUGAAAGAGAAGAAAGGCGACGAAGACAGCAUCGGCGACGUCUACGAACGAGUCGACAAAGACAUUGACGACCCUUACUGGAACUUCAAAGGAAAGAUUCAGAGGCAAAUCCAAGCUGAGCACCUCACCAAGAUCGGGGCGGCCGGUAUCUUUACGGAUUACCUGAAAUUCCUCAAGUCCACGGGCAACAUGUUUGAUGAUGAAACCGUAUGGGAGUGUUACUACGCCAUUAGGAAUUGUUGUUGGAGUUUUUCGGAUGCAAGCUUCAACUUUGCGAAGAGGCUAGGAAAGGCCGGGCUCUUCCCCAUGCUGAUAGAGGACCUGAAACAAUAUAAGAAAACGUUUCAGACAAAUCAGGCACACAAUUGGCUGGUGAGAUGUUCGUUGGGAAUCCUCCACAACUGUGCCAAGGUGAUGGAGAACAGAGCCAUCCUCAGACCGCUGGGGCUGAUCGACCAACUCCUGCCCUGGAUCAACACGUCCGACGAGGAACUCAAGACUGUCACAGUCAUGACUCUGGCCUACAUCGUUGGUGAGGAGGAUAACGACCUGAUCAUGGCUGAUGACAGCGUGAUCAGCUUCAUCAUGACGGUGUUUGAGGAGGCGGUGGACAGCGAGCUGAUGCGGUCCCAGGGCUUCUCCGCCAUGGAGAUGGCCAUGGGCAUCAGCCAGCUGGCGCAGAACGACGACAAUAAGGUGAUGAUUGUGAAGAAGGGUGCCCUCCCCCUGCUGGUACAGCUGAUGGAGACAGGUGAUGAGGAGGAGCAGGAGCAGGGCGCUAACGCCGUCUGGCAGCUCGCCUUCCACGACGACAACAAGGACAAGAUCCGAGCCGAACCGAGGCUCAUGUAUCAGCUCAAAAGGUUAAAGGACAGCAAGAACCAGGAGACUGCCAAGGCAGCUAACGGAGCAUUGUGGGUGCUUGAUAAACAAGCUAGGGAGGAAAAGGCAAAAGAGCUGUCAGAGAAGUCGGAAGAGUCCAGCAGAGAAGAUCUUCAGGAGGGCAGCGGGCCGCACAUCAUGAUCAGUUACCAAUGGGACCACCAGAAGACACUCGUUAAGGUGAAGGACCGUCUGCAGUCGUACGGGUACCGCGUGUGGAUGGACCUGGAGCAGAUGGGCGGCUCCACGCUCCAGGCCAUGGCGGAGGCGGUGGAGAACUCCGUAGUCGUGCUCAUCUGCAUGUCUCAGAAGUACAAGGAGAGUCCAAAUUGUAGAACCGAGGCGGAGUACACCUUUCAGCUCCGUAAGCAGAUCGUGCCCCUGAUGAUGGAAGGGAAAUACAAGCCGGACGGCUGGCUCGGCGCCAUCUUGGGAGCCAAGCUGUACUUUGACUUCAGCGCGCAACACAAGUUUGAAGACUCCAUUGGAAAACUCAUCAAAGAGCUAGGACAGAGAGGUAGGUCAGCACAACUGGUCCAAAAGGUGCAGGCAGUGGAGGUGGGGGCCGGCGGAGCGGGGGCAUUACCCAUCAUGCCUCCUGCUAAGCCUCGCGUGUUGGAUUGGAAACAGGCGGAAGUGGACAACUGGAUAGCAGAGAACCGACUUGAGAAGAACUUCCUUCGAGAGCUGACAGGACCACAACUGCAUUUCUUACAGUCCUUAAGAGGAGAGGCCCCUGAGUUCUUCUACCAGUUCAUAACCAACAAGUUGAAGCUCUCAAGUCUGGACCAGAUCAUGAGGUUCACCAACGCACUCAACGGCCUGGACGGCUGAGUGUUACAGGACAGCACCUCGUGCCUUACAGUACACAUCUGAGAUGUGAAAUAUUUUCACGUAGAAGAGUGAAUCAUAAAGUAGUGAGGAUGAACUUUUUUGAAAAGCGAAGCAGGGUGUACAUAUUCUGAAAUUGUAAGAUAUGUCAUGUCAUUGUAAAAGCACAGAUUAUUUUUAAAAGAAGAAUACAUGAGGAAUACCCUCAUGGUCUUGCAUGUAAUGCGAUAGUCUGUAUCAUUGACGUUACUCUACGAUUUUGGUGUUAAUUACACAACCAUUUUAUAGACAGAUGGGGACAUACAGGUACUUCUUGUAGCACCGCAACUUGAAGCUGAGAUGAGUUGGUGCUUCACAUUCUUAAAGUACAGAUAUUUUGUACAGCACCGCUAUUAAAGUUAACUUGGAUUUUAUUACCGCAACAUCGUCUUGCAAUUCACUGUUGAGUGUGACUUGUAGCACCACAAAAUCUGAGAUGAGGUGCAGAGGUGGUGCUUCAUUGAUUGUACGUUACAGCAUCACUAAAGUGAAUGUGGAAUUUCCCUACCGCAAUACUGUCUUACAACGUGCUUUUUGAGUGGUGAAUAACACUAUAAGCUAUCAGCUUUCCGCAAAGUUGUGAUAUAAGCGGUAAACGAAUUUUAUUUGUCACAUCAUCUGUUUCAUUGUUUAAAUUACGUUACGUUAAACUGGUUUAUUGUAAAUUAAGCAAUAUUUUGUGUACAAACAAUUUUAAAAAUAAACACUCUAAAGCCA